CCAUCUUGGUCUGACCCCAUUCACCCACGUCGCAUAUUUUCUCUGCAUGGCUACACUUCAAUUCCUUUUGGACCAUAUUCUCAAACCCUUCGCCACUUACACCCUCACAUUUGACAGGGUUUUUGAAGGGGCAUUGGGCAUUUCCAGAGGUACAUUUAUGACCCUGGGGAUAGUUUGACCCCUCUUCUGUACCUUAAACGUGAAAAACACCCAUGGAAACUGGAUUAAACUCCAUUUUAGCCUUUGGAAAUAGAUGACAUGAGAGGGGGAAGCGUCUGAGAAUACCGACCUUUGUUCCUUCCACGGCUCCUCGACGCUCUAGAUUUGCAUGCCGGACCCGUGUGUUUCCUUCUGGAGGUGGCGGGGUGACGAGGCAGGGACGGGAGGCACACGGGUAGGCUGGGGUGACUGGGGUGAGUGGUGGGGACGUGGGCAGGUUGAUGUAAGGGGUGAUGCCGGGGUGAGGGUGAAGCGAGGGGGUGGUGUCGUUGGGGCCGGUCAGCUGGCAGUGCAUACAUAAGUGAGGGUCCCGCGUGUCCUCCCUCACUCAGUGCUCAGCGAGGCGUCAGGAUAAAGAGCAGCCAUCCAGACACCACUCGAAGGCCGCACUUGCUCUCCCUGUGUGUUUGUGUGGGUCCGUGUGUGUGGUGGUGUUUCCUGACUUCGUAUCAUCUGUGUCCUACGAAGAGACAUGUCGGGCAGGUCAGCGGUGGCAAUGGCCGUGGUGGUGCUGGUGCUGGUGGCCGGGGUGAGGGGGGGAACACGUCUAGGGGACUGUACCCACAACCUCCAUUGCGGCCCCGAAUCCUGCUGCCUCGUGGGUUUCAUGAGGUACAGCAUCCCGACCUGCUUGGCGCUCGGGGAUGUCGGGUCGUUCUGCAACCCCGCCGAGCCCUCCUCCCGCACCCUGCACUACCCCAACGACAUCCAGGUGGUGCUCGAGGAGGCUUACUUCGGCAUGUGCCCCUGCCGCUCUGGCCUCGAGUGUGUCAAUAGGGUGUGCCGUGAGCCGGAGCCUGCCACGGACGCUACUCCCUCCAUCGAGGCCAACAGCCUCAACUCUGAGAACGACUAUUGACUGGAGAACCGAACUGGACCCAAAUGGACCCAGACAACCCUCAGGUUCCCCGUUAUUUAUUAGGACAAACUGUAAACUAUUCCCUUCGCAGUGUAGUUCCUGUUUCUUCUUAUCUCUGAGUAGUUCACGAGUUAGGUCCAUGGCGCCCGGUAUCUGCAAGCUUCUAAUAGGAAUCCAUCUUAGCUGUGCAGUUGUAUGUUUAGUUUGUUGGUCAGCUUAUCACGUUAAUAUAUCCAGCUUCUUAUAAGACGAGGUUGUAGUCGUUAGCUGGGCAGUUGGCUGAUUACUUUGUUGGUCAGCUCACCACAUUACUAUAUCAAGCUUCUUAAUAAUCGUUUUAAUCGUGGGUUGAGUGACCGUCUGUUUGGUGUGUUGGCGCGGCGAGGUGAGGUGGGCGUGGCAGGAGCUUGGGAGGGCAAUGCUUCCCGAGAAAUCCUGCCGUGUUGAUUUUAGUGACCCGUCCUAUUUGAUCAACUGUACGUGUGUGUGUGUGUGUGUGUGUGUGUGUGUGUGUGUGUGUGUGUGUGUGUGUGUGUGUGUGUGUGUGUGUGUGUGUGUGUGUUAACUUAGUAUUCCGUCUUUUUUAUCUAUUCUUCUUAGUUGAUGAAUUUUACUUUUUCUUCCAGUCUAUCUGUCUGUUUACCUAUCUAUCUGUCUAUCCAUAUUUUUUUUGUCUCCUUAAAGUGAUACUCUAAUUGUUUGUUUCUUUGUUUAUUUAUCUAUUUAUAUGUUUGUUUGUUUCAUUUUUUUUCGUCAUUUUUUUUUAAAGGUUUUCGAUUUUGUUUUGUUGCUUAUCACAAUCUCUGUAGUUUGUUUGUUUUUUACUUAUUAAUAUCAUCACCGAAUGCCACUGUUUGUUUUUGUGUUUGUCUGUGUUUGAUAUCACUUUCUCUCCUCAGUAUAAGGUAGUAUUCUAUUUCUGUUGUUUAUUGCAUUAACUUUCCUUCCUUACCAUUAUUGUUGAAUGCAUUAGCUUUCUGUUGUGCCUUGUGUUGAUUUGAUGUAAUAUGUCUUUGCGUUGUAGUAUAGUAGUUGUUGUUAUUGAUGGGUAAGGGUGAGCAUAAGUCUGUCUUACCCCGAAUUUCCCUUUUAUUAAUUAAGAGGGAAGAAACGUAUUAUUACCAAACCCUUGUCACAUGAGGAACAGUUAUUUUAUUAUUACUUAUCUUAUUUGUUUUUAUUUUUACUCUUUCUUAUUUUUGCACAUUCUGUUUUUAUCUUUUAUUUACCUCAUGUGACUCUGGUUUGAAUUUCUCGUGUGUGUGUGUGUGUGUGUGUGUGUGUGUGUGUGUGUGUGUGUGUGUGUGUGCGCAAGACAAGCAUAUGAUUAAUUAUAUACCAAAGACGGUGCCCUGAGGAGAAUAAGUCAACAUGUUAGGUACUAUAUGUGUAUUUUUUUAAUUAUAUACCUGUUGUAAAAUAAAAUAUAGACCAUGUAAUAUUUUCCCA